AUGAAGCGCAAACCAACUUCAGAACCAACAAACACUCCAUCUAAACGCACUCCCAGGCAAGAUCCAGUGUCGUGCGAGUCAUGCAGACGGAAAAAGCUCAAAUGUAACCGUCAGCAGCCAUGCAGCAGUUGUGUCACUCGCCGGUUGCCCUGCAGCUUCGGGGCUGCCUCGGAGAGUACAAAAGUCAGGGUAGAGCCGAAUGAUACAAAGACAGAUACAUCGCAGAAGCAAAGACAGGAAAAACAAGCAUCUAUCGGCCAUGUUCCAGUGGAUGUACGCCGUGAUAAUAACGAACCGGUGGUGACGGCCGACUGGCUGGAGAAGAUCGUCAUGGGCGAUCGCAUUCCAACAGCGGUUCCAGCCAUGUUGAGAGAAGGAUUGAAUGCGUCGAGAGAAAAUAAUCCAGAUUAUACAGGUGUGGCAGGGAAUUUGUCGAUAUCCUUUACAGCCUCGAGUGAGAAUCCAGCAACGCUGCAGUUGAUUUCGUUUCUCCCCAAACAGGCAGAGACCAUGGCUCUAUUCCAAUACUACACCUCCUACAUCGACUAUCUCUACCAUAUCAUCAUCCCAGACCAUGUGGAAGAGCAGAUCAACGCAAUAUACGACUCCAUCGACAAGAACCAGCCCGUCAAUCUCAACCAUCUUGCUCUGGUGUUUGCCAUCUCCGCCAGUUCAUUAUUCCUCCAACUGUCUGUGGAAUCAUCCGCAUAUGCAGAAAUGUGCAGUCGGGAAUUCACCUUCUUAACUGGUGCUGCCCUGAUCCAGGGCAACUAUACGGCAUAUCCGACCGUGGAAGGACUGCAGGCCACGAUGGUUGUCGCGCAUAACAUCUCCAAUCUGCAUUCGCAUCCGUCUGUGAAUGCAUUAUUCUCCCACACAACCAUCAUCGGCCAGGCGAAGAAUCUCAUGCUGCACUGCAUUGACUCGCCGAAAUAUUCAGAAGAACGAAAGGCGAAGGGAGCUGAUGUGAUGGAAGUUGAAUUGAAAAGACGGCUCUGGUGGGAUUUGGUUUCGUAUGACUGGCUAUUGGGCUUCCUGAGCGGCCCUCAGGAAUGGACUUAUUCAAUCUACAUGGACCAUAUGAACGUCCAGCAACCUGCCAAUAUCGACGAUGAACCUAUUACAAACGCUGACAACUAUUCAUCUCCAACCUCCACUCCCACCAGCAUGUCCUACUCCCUCCAACGCCUCAAACUGGCCUUUGUCUGCCGCGACAUCGUCGACACAACCGCCCACGAACACCUCCACAACCUCGAAAUCAACUACGACAAAAUCCUCACCCUCGACCGCAAACUGCACCAAGCAUACAGCGAACUCCCAGACUUCUUCCGUCUCGAUCCCGUCUCCCGUCGUCGCUUCUCAGCUCUCUACCACGCACGCCCAACCAUCGCCUGGCAACGCUGUCUCCUCCAACAAGGCUAUCACUCUCGCUUCUGCCGUCUCCAUCGCCAGUAUCUCAUCCGUGGCGCUCGAGAUCCCACGUACUCCUAUUCCCACGUGAUAUGUCUACAGUCAGCCAGGAAAGUGCUAGAAAUCAAACGCAUCAUGGACGAAGACGAGCCCAGGUUCGCGCCGCCCAGUGCGGUGGUUUGGUCUGUUAUGCAUCAUGUCUUUAUGGCUGCUGUUAUCUUGUUGAUGGAUGUGUGUUUUAAUUGGGAUGAUAUACUCGCUGAUAAGAGAAAGGAGGAGGUGCUGGAUGCGUGUCGCAUGUUGAGUAAUGCGCAGCAGUCAUCGUCUAUUGUUCGUGAGGGUAUCGAUGCGAUGAUGGGAGUUUUGCAGAAGCAUUGGAAGAAUGGGAAGCCGUUGUCGACACAGGACUCGAGUACAGUGGAUCCAGUGCUGGUUCAGUCGGAUCCUGUUGCUCAGGUUUAUACUCCUGUCUCUGCUGUGGAGAAAGAUUCGUCCAUGGAGCAGGCUCACAAUGUCAUAUCCGAUGAAACAGGGGAAAGACAUUUAGAAGAUAUAUGGACUGAACUGCUCGACAGCGGAGGGAGUCUGGAUUACGAAACACCGGAUUGGACGGGUCUAUUGACGGAGUUGACAAAUACGACUCUCCCGUGCAGUUGA